AUGGCGGAGAAACCUGUGAAGUACAAUUCCUUACCAGCCCCCUCCAAAAUGUUCCGAAAUGUAACUGACUUUUUUGUCCUGUUCUACUCAGGCGGGGCAAGCAAAGGUGGUGGAGAAGAGCCCGGGAAGCUGCCGGAGCAGGCAGAGGAGGAAUCCCAGGUUUUGCACGGAACUGGCCACUGUAAGUGGUUCAACGUGCGAAUGGGAUUUGGAUUCAUCUCCAUGAUAAACCGAGAGGGAAGCCCCUUGGAUAUUCCAGUCGAUGUAUUUGUACACCAAAGCAAAUUAUUCAUGGAAGGAUUUAGAAGCCUAAAAGAAGGAGAACCAGUGGAGUUCACAUUUAAAAAAUCUUCCAAAGGCCUUGAAUCAAUACGGGUAACAGGACCUGGUGGGAGCCCCUGCUUAGGAAGUGAAAGAAGACCCAAAGGGAAGACACUACAAAAAAGAAAACCAAAGGGAGACAGAUGCUACAACUGUGGUGGCCUUGAUCAUCAUGCUAAGGAAUGUAGUCUACCUCCUCAGCCAAAGAAGUGCCAUUGCUGUCAGAGCAUCACGCACAUGGUGGCGAACUGCCCUCACAAAACUGUGGUGCAGCCGCCCGCCGGUUCUCAGGGAAGACAGGAAGCAGAGCCCCAGCCGUGCACCGCGUUCCCUCGAGAGGUGGGGGGUGGGCACGGCUAUGCGUCACCACCGUUUCCUCAGGAGGCGAGGUCCGAGGUCUCUGAGUGGCCAGGCACGUCACCUGCAGAAGCUUCCUUCACAAAGUCAUCUGCAGCACCAGAAGAUCAAAGCAAAAAGGGGCCUUCCGUUCAAAAACGGAAAAAGACAUAACCCUUUUUCUUAACAUUAUCGUUUUCUCUCCCCGGUUGGGAAGUCUACCUCAUGCAAAUACAGGGGAACAGUAUUUCACAAACAGCAGCUGACCUGGGAUUUUUAACUACUGUUGAGGAACUGUGAAUUUUUUUAAACAGACAAAUCACUCUAAGCAAAUUACCUUUGAGCAGGGUGUCAUGUGUCAUGUGACUCAGAGGAUGAGAUGCUCUGUGUAUCUGUAUGUGCAUGUGUGAGAGGGAGAGAGCCUGAGCCUGUGUGUGUAUGUAGGAGGAUUUUCUAUAGAAUGUAGACAUAUAUAUAAAGAGGGUUUGUCUUUAUAUAUGUGUGUAUAGAGAUGUCAGCACACAGCCUCCCUCGCAGAAUUGGACAUCCCCAAGAAUUGAAAACCCAGGUAAAGCAUUUUAGAUGGUUUUGAAAAUAACCCUUGGAGUUUUUCUUGAAAUACCAUUCCCUUUAUAUUACAUUAGGAAAAAACAAAACAAAACAUGACUGUUACCUUUUAUGUGAACCAAAGGAUACUUCAGAUCUCAGCGCUGCCAAUCCUAUGGUACUAAAGGUUUUUAAGACAUCAGUUCUCCCGAAUUUGGGAUUGCCUCUUUUUCUUGAUAUCUGUAGAGUGUGUCCCCCACCCCACCCCCUUUGAAGGCAGUACCUUAACUCCAUAUGCCUCUGACUGCCAUAAGCUUUUUUGAAUCUGGGAUACAUGACUCCAGAAAAGACAAUGAAUGUGUAAUUUCUGUGCCGAUAUUUCAGUGUUUUUAAUUCAUACAUUUUGAUUGUAAAUUAGAUGCCUAUUCAGAGAAAUGAAGGGGAGGGCAAUGUAUAAAGGUAGUGACUUGAUUGUUUUCAAUGGUAUUUUGAUACUCGUUAUAAUCUUUUACCUGUUGUGAGGUUUUUGAGGGACUGUGGCAACAGCAGCUUCCCUUGACCAAGUCAGUCCUUCUAACCAUCGCUUCGAGUGGAGGCCUCCUUGUUUACUACUGAAGACCUUGGAGGAAAACUCCAGUUGUUUGGUGUAUGUUUUUGGUGGCUGUUUUUAUUCCCCCUGGAGAGUUACCUAACUUAUUUCUGAAACAAACAAACAAAACAGCACAGAUGUGAGUAAAAUGCCAGGGUUGAGAAUGAACAUUUAAGUGGAUGCUCACAAUUGCCCAAUUACGUAUGACCUUGAAUAAUAUUAAAAAGCUCCGUGUUUGAUGGCGGGCGACUAGAGUGAUGAGCCUGGGGUAGGAGGUUCCCAGACCUCUCCUCCCAGAGAGCUAGGAGUAUUUUAUAUAACACAGUUCAUCUUAGGGGAAUUCCCUCAUGACUGCUACUGAAGGGCCCUAUGUGGGAGAUUCAGGAUGGACAUUCAGUGAUGGGGACAGAGGUGCUUCUCAGGUUGGUCCUCAGUUACAGUAGUAAACUGGCUGGGGGCCAGUCAUCGUAUUGGUCCCUUCAGGUUUCAGUCAUGAAAAACAUUCAUUCUGGUGUCAUCCUGGUUCUAGACGUUACGGAUCAAUUUUGGAAACAUUUCCAAGAAGGUACCAAUUAGUGGUAAUGCUUAACCUUGGCAAUAAAUAUAGUUGUGUAUGAGCCUGUUGGUGUAAGCUCAGAUAAUCAAAACCAGAAAAUAGCAAGAUUCAAAUGAGACACGUUCUGCUGAACAGUUUCUGCUCCCUCCCCGACAUGUCCUGCCGAGGGAGGCUUUUUGUACAGUUGCUGCCGUUUCAGCAAGCAAGCCACGCAGAAGGAGAGCGAGCCUCGGGCUGGGCUGCCAGCCCUUCCCAACUCAGCUUGAGUUGACAGUGUUUGUGAGAAUCUCCAUGGGACAUACUGAAAUAUCAGUGUGCUGUGAUGCAAAGCUUACCUUUGACGAUAUUGAAUGUGAUAAAUAGCUAUAGAGAAGUACUUCCUUGCCUUAUGUGAGGAUCGUAAGCUUAUUUAAAUUAUGUAGACAAAUCAAAGUGGCAUUGCUUAAUUUUUAGCAGGUAUAAUAAGCAGGUUAACAGUAAAAAUGCAAAACAUAAGUCACUUUGAAAAUUCAAACCAAAGUUCCUUGACCUUAUUAGAAAUAGGAAAUUAUGGACUUGAGAAUUGGACAUUCCCUGUUUACAUAUAAAAAGUUCAGAGCUGAGUUCAUGGUUUUAAAAAAGACACACAGAAAGAAACAUGUUAUAACUAUGGACCUUAUGGGUGCAACUUGAAAUCAUUUUUCAGCAUCUCACCAGACUGAACUAAGCACAUACCAAACCUAUCUUAUGAUUAAAAGUUGGGGUUUAUUUUUUAUAUAAGAAUAUUAUCACUAUUACAUAACACACUCAGGACAAAGAACUUUGCUCAGGGAACAUACCAUAUAAUAUUUUUGUUUCUUUACAGAAUAGUCUACAGUCCUGCUUACUCAAAACAAACCAAAUAACUUAGACCUGUACGUAAGUAUUAUGUACUGAUGUUAGUAAUAACUACCUCUGAGUUUGACAUAGAUCAAAAUUUCUGAAUAUCAGAUAUCGGUUCUCCUAUUUUUAUUUCAUGUGAAAAGUACUCUAAAGGAGACUCCCUCAACUCCUUGCAUAUGUGAAUAUCACUGACGUAAGCACAGUGUCCAUUUACAUGGGUGAAAUAUUAUUCUGUUUACAGCAAAAGGCUACCUCAUAGUUGAUGCACAGCACACCUCUAUGCUGCUCCAGCCUUACAAUGGCUGAAAAUGCUCUGGUACAGACCUUGUUAUCUAUAGUAUAGAUAGCAGUUCACAACUGCACGUUUCUGACAAACACUUGUGAAUCAUGAAGCAUCUCAUCUAGUUAGCAAAGUCUCCGAGCAUUUCCUUCAAGUUAUCAUGUAUGUUGUUUAAAGACUUAUAGGGACUCUUCCACUGAAGCAAAACAGAACACACAAGCAAUCUUGGAAGUAGCUACUUUGCCCAGAGGUCAGUCGGUUGCAGGAAGAGGUUGGGAAGAGAGGUUGGUUGUGUGAGUGUUUUUGUGCUGGGCAAAACUUGUCAAAGAAAGAUGCCAAUCUCCUUCGUUUGUGUCUGUGCCGCCCUGAGGCCAAGUGUCUUGCAGCAUUAUUGCCCAGGCACAUAAUUAACUAGCACUGGGUGCCAAGGAGUGAACAUAGAGUGGAUGUGCAAUGCCAUUUCUAGCUACUGAGGGGUAGGGUCUGUGUGAAGCAUCAGUUUACAGGAGUUGCUAAUGGGUCGGGCAGGAGGUCAGUGAAUUAGUUGCCCCUUGACCUCACCCCCCCAUGUCAACACAAAUGUAAUUCCUUAGAAAGAUGCACUACCGGUCUCUUAGCCCUGUGAGCUAUUCAUUGCUACAUGGCAGAUUAUAGUAGCAACAGUUUUAUGCUUGCAUUUCUAGUCUUUACUAGAAGCCUUUGGAUGUAUUUUUACAGCUGAAAGAUUUAGAAAGAUUUUUACCUGCUUAUAACUUGGAAGUUUGGCGUGCAAUGUAGGGGAAAAGAUCAAGAAACAUCAUGUUAUUAGCAUUGGUCCAUCUACAAAUAAAUAUAGGGUGUUUUUAUUGCCGGUAUUUUUUUCAUGUUCUGGCCCAGUUUUAUUUUGCACCAAUGUGGCCCCAAGUUACUGCUAGUUGUAUUUAGUUUGUGAAUAGAAGCCCAUAAGUGUUAAUAGACUUUGUAACAUUCACUGUAAGAUGAAUUAUACAGGACAUGGGAGAUCUCAUUAAGUCUUAAAAAGUUAAUUUAAAUUAAUUUAUCUGUUUUCUCUAAGAAAUGUUUAUCAUAAAAUAUAUAUGUGUAUUUCCCCUUUGGUUAUAAAAUUUGGGGAAGUAUGUACAAGUGCAGCUGCACGGACUUUAAUUUUCCAGCUGUCUUAAUGAGGUUUGUUUGUUUUAGGGAAGAACAACUUGUUAAAAGCAUCGAAUUCUGUCUUACAUUGCUGUCAGCAGCCUCUUUCAGAUGUGGUGGUUGUGUGAUCUGUGUCAUAGUUGUUCAGUUAGAGUGAGAGGUUGACCUCUGAAUCGUUGUUAAAUUGUCUACUUGGAGCAAAGCUGCAAAGUUAUGGUAAAGUGCUGUACUGUGAGAAACUAUUAGGACAUUUAAUACAUCUGUGGCUUCACGUGUGUGAGACUUACCAGCUUGAAAAUGAUGGUGUUGACUACCUCCUGAAUUACAGCUACCAACCACUGGCACCCACCACCAGCUGGCUUUAAUUAGUGUGUGUUGCUUCUUGGUAUUAACAACUUUAACCAUAAUAGAGACCAAAGUGAACACUGAUUUCUAUAUGUCUUUAAUAUGGUGUUUUAUCUAGUGCUUUAAAAUUAUCCUGUGUAGUAUUUAGAUGACCUCAUUGUCCAUUUUGGCUCACGUUGUUUACAAGUGAAAAUAAAAAAACACUUGAACUGUAUGUUUUUAAAGGACGAAAAAGGAGUUAGAUGGUCGGAAUGGCAUUUCACUCAUGUACAGUCAUCCUGAUGGACUAAAAGUACUGUUUGCCUUUCUGCAGACCGUGGAUUUUAUAUUCUCAUCUCAUGCCUAAUGUCUUAUUCUGUCAAUUAUGGAUAUUUUGAGGUUUAAAGAAAUUACUUGAUUAAAAAUAAAACAUAUAACGUUGG